GUUGUGUGGUUUUAUUUACAGUGUAAACGUAAACAAAAGCACGUGCGUGUGUAAGUCGUUUUGUCACACCGACUUUCGGGUCAAAUUUACCAGAAAACAUUCGCAAAUAAGUUUCACAAAAUGCCGAAAGUACGUGCAGAAAAAAAAACUCGGAUUCAUACAGAAGUUGCCAAACAAGGCAUCGUUUUCAACAAGGACUUUGGCCAACAUAUUCUCAAGAAUCCUCUCAUCGUUACUUCAAUGUUGGAAAAAGCAGCCUUGCGACCUACGGAUGUGGUUCUCGAAAUUGGUCCAGGUACAGGUAACAUGACGGUGAAAAUAUUGGAGCGCGUCAAAAAAGUUAUAGCCUGUGAAAUUGAUCCUCGUCUGGUGGCUGAGUUGCAGAAGCGCGUUCAGGGCACUCCGAUGCAAUGCAAACUGCAAAUUCUGAUAGGAGACGUUCUAAAGGCUGAUCUUCCAUUUUUCGAUUGCUGUGUCGCCAAUAUGCCGUACCAGAUCAGUUCGCCGUUCGUAUUCAAAUUGCUGCUGCACAGACCGUUUUUCCGUUGCGCUGUUCUCAUGUUCCAGUUAGAGUUUGCCCAACGUUUGGUAGCUAAACCAGGCGACAAACUUUACUGCCGACUGAGCGUCAAUACACAGCUGCUGGCCCGUGUUGAUAUGCUGAUGAAGGUGGGGAAGAACAAUUUCAGACCACCGCCUAAGGUAGAAUCCAGCGUUGUAAGAAUUGAACCACGGAAUCCUCCUCCGCCGAUAAACUAUACCGAAUGGGAUGGACUUACGCGGAUAGCGUUUUUACGAAAAAAUAAAACAUUGGCAGCUGCGUUCAAACAGACGACGGUUUUAACGGCACUGGAACAAAAUUACAAAGUACAUUGUUCUUUGAAGAACCAGGAUGUACCGGAGGAUCUCAAUUUCAAGGAAAAAGUGGAGCAAAUAUUGGAAAAAAUUGAUGCCGGUGUUAAACGUGCACGGACAAUGGAUACUGAUGAUUUUAUGUCCGUUUUACACGCCUUUAAUGAAGCAGGAAUUCAUUUUAGUUGAACUAGCACUUCAAUAUUUUGUUUUUGUAUUAUAACAACAUUUUUUAGCAUAUUACACUUCACACGUUGGAAACAACCAUAA